AUUUGACUGACAUCAGGAUGGACGAAUAUCUGAAACGACGCGAGGAGUUCAUCCAACAAGACCAGUCUUUGAGACCUGAUCGUGCUGCUGCAGGGGUUCUCUCUUCAGACGAGCAUAGAGCGGACGAGAUCCUAAGAAGCAUUCGCAAGACUGAAGCAAGGACGAUAUGGGGACACGAACUCAAUGUGGAGCACUACCAUGGAUCCAAGCAGAUGUUUCCCGGCAUGGAGUUCCUGACAGCUCGCCAGACAAUCAUAACCACCAAACUGUUUGACAUCUUGAGCAAGAUGCCCAAAGGCGGUCUCCUUCAUGCACAUCUCGAUGCUACCGUCCGUCCCGACGUUCUGCUCCGGCUUGCACUUUCGCAGCCUGCGGUUCAUAUACGUGCUCCGGGUAACCUCACUCUCGGUAACUUGAAGACGGUUCCACCCGAGUUCCGUGCGCUACCUCAAACCGAGUGGACGACGUCUGCCAGCGUCACAGAAGCAGGCUAUGUUGCCGGCUCUUGGGUCCCCAUCCAUAAUGCGCGGAGUACCUUCAGUGAGGCGUUGGGUGGUCCAGAAGGUUUCGAUCGCUGGGUAACUGGCGCUCUCACCAUUGACCCCUCCGAAGCGUACGGUACUCAUAAUACUACGGACCGGAUCUGGGAUAAGUUUGAGAGCAUAUUUGGUGUUUCCGAUGGCCUUUUCCGCUACGUCCCCAUCUUCAAGGAGUACAUCCGCGAAUUUCUGCUAUCAUCAGUCGACGACGGCAUUUCCUACGUCGAGCCGCGCAUCCUCUUCUGGUACAAAUACAUGGUCGGCGAGGACGGCGUCGAGAACGUCCCCCACCGCGUCUGGUUCCAGAUCUAUGAAAGUAUCCUUGCCGAUAUCAAGGCGGACCUCGCCGCGCAGGGCCGUGCCGACGAGUUCGUCGGCUCGAAGAUCAUCUAUUCGACGAUGCGCGAACUGACCCUCGACGAGCUUGAGUGGUACCUCGAAGACUGUUUAGCGUUGAAGCAAGAGUUCCCGCACCUCGUUGCCGGGUUUGACCUCGUCGGGCACGAGGAUUCGCUGAAGCCGCUCAUCGAUUACGUCGAGCCGUUCAUGCGGUUCAAGGCAAGGCAGCAGGAGUUGGGCGUCGAGAUUCCGUUCAUCUUCCAUGCUGGUGAGACUUUAGGAGAUGGCACGAAAGCAGACAUGAACUUGUAUGAUGCCAUUCUACUUGGGACUAAGCGGAUUGGGCACGGGUUUUCUAUCUUCAAGCACCCAGAGGUGAUGAAGGUGUGUCGUGAACGGAACAUCUGCCUCGAGAUGUGUCCCAUAUCCAACGAAAUCCUCCGCCUCACUGGAUCCAUGCCAAUGCACCCUUUGCCAUCAGUUCUGAAUCACGGAGUUCACGUCGCCUUGUGUUCGGAUGAUCCUUCUGCGUUUGGGAACAUGGGUCUCUCCUUCGACUACUUCCAAGUCUUUGUCGCCAGCGAGGUGAAUGGUCUUGCGACCCUGCGCCAGUUCGUAUGGGACAGCAUCACGGCAAGCUUUUAUUCGUGUUUGGGCGACCAGGAGAAAAAGCGCGCGUUUGGAAUACUGGACAGACAAUGGGCGAAGUUCAUCAAUGAUAUACUGGACCGCGAUACUACGCACAGGAGUGCGUGAAUGUGGUGCAAUGCACGUCAAAUCCUGAACGGUUGAACCAAUCAUGUAUCGAUAGAUACCCAGUUGUAUAAAUGACUUCAACAGUCUGAUCGUGUCAAUAGAGCCCAUUAUCUGAUCGCCUUUUGGACGCCUGAAUCAGGCAGCGUUAUUGAAUCUCC